AUGCCCAGUGCUCGCCGCAAGCUCCCGCCGGGCGCCCGUUCCGCCUUGGUUCCCCGUGGCCCCGGCGCGCGGCGUGCGUCUGGCUUCCUCCCCCAUCGGGCCCCGCCCGGUCGUUUGCGGGCGCGCGCACCUUCCCAGGCGGGCGGGCGGGCCUCAGGGUCGAGAGGCUCCCGAGCGAGCGUCGAUUGGCUGAUGUGGUGGCCACGCGUCGGGCCUCUGAAACUCGGGGCGAGCGCCCAGAGUCGGCUCGCCAGGCAGUGCCAGGCGCAUCUCAGCUAAUCCAAAAGUAAAUGAGGAACUUAGAAAAAGAUUGCCAACUCCAGAUCAACAUAUUUAGAGAAAAUUGGAAAAGGAGAAGCUUAUGACAGCUUUAUUUGAGGACUUUUUAAAGAACGCAGAAUUCUAGCUGUGAGCUUCAAAUCUUGGAGCAAAAACCAGAGACAUUGCCAGAGCAAACAAGAAUAGAAGUACAAAUGGAGGACUGGUCAAAAGAGAUAGCCCAUAGUUACCUUGAACAAGAGACUACAGGGAGAAAUAAAAGUACAGAGCCAGAUGAGCAACCAACUGUGAAUUCUAAGGAAAGCAUGCAUCAGAAAUCCAGUGAAUUGGUUAAUGAAGCCACCUGUGAGGACACAGAACUGCCAGGGCAGAGAUCAAGGAAUUUUCCUUAUCCAGGUGAUGAGACAGCUGACUGCACUAUUGAAAAAUCCAACAUUAUGGAACAUAGAGAUCGUGAUUUGCAUUGUGAGUGUACGAUCCCUUGUCAAGUUACUUCAGACUUAGAUAAAGAGAAGACAAUAGCAUUUCUUCUAAAAGAAUUGGACAUUCUCAGAGCAAGCAAUAAAAAGCUUAAAGAAAAACUGACUAAAGAAGAUAAGGAACAUAGAAAACUAAAGCUUAGGCUGGAACUCCAGGAGAAAGCAACAGAAGCUCAUAUUGCUGAGAAGACAGCAGCUCUGGUUGAAGAAGUGUAUUUUGCACAGAGGGAACGUGAUGAAGCUAUUAUGUCUCGACUGCAGUUAGCCAAUGAGGAGAGAGAUGAAGCAAUUGCACGAGUGAAGCAUAUGGAAAUGUCUCUAAAAGUGCUAGAAAAUAUUAACCCUGAAGAAAAUGACAUGACAUUACAGGAAUUACUGAACAGAAUAAACAAUGCAGACACAGGGAUAGCUAUUCAGAAGAAUGGAGCUGUAAUUGUGGAUAGAAUCUACAAGACCAAGGAAUGUAAAAAGAGAAUAACAGCAGAAGAAAUGAAUGCAGUGAUAGAAGAACGGGAUGCUGCUUUGUCUCAGUGCAAACGGCUAGAGCAGGAGCUUCAUCAUCUGAAAGAGCAGAACCAGACUUCAGCAAACAACAUGAGACAUCUGACUGCUGAAAACAAUCAAGAACGUGCUCUGAAGGCAAAGUUGUUAGCUAUGCAAGAAGCCAGAGAAACUGCAAUUCAACAGUACAAAAGACUAGAAGAAGAAAUACAAACACUUCGUGUUUACUACAGCUUACAUAAAUCUUUAUCCCAAGAAGAAAGUCUGAAGGAUCAGUUUAACCAUACCCUUGGUACUUACGAAGAAGCUUUAAAAAAUAGAGAAAACAUUGUUUCCAUCACUCAACAGCAGAAUGAGGAACUGGCUAUCCAACUGCAGCAAGCUCUGACAGAUCGAGCAAACAUGGAAUUAGAGCUUCAGCAUGCCAUGGAGGCCUCCCAAGCGGCCAAUGACAAAGUUCAGAAGCUGGAAAGGCUGGUGGACGUCCUGAGGAAGAAGGUUGGAACAGGGACCAUGAGGACAGUGAUCUGACUGAAAAAAACGACAGUCUGGGGAAGCAAUCACAUCUGGUGACCAGGCUGCUUCAUUCAACACUGUGUAAACACUAAAGCCUUAACUUAGCAAACAGUUGUUAGAAGUGGGACACUCCAACCACAUUCCAAGCUGAGAUAAAAUCAGAUCACAAAUGUUUAACCACUUUGCUGCUGACUUAUUUAUCCAAAUGUAUUAACUACAGACUUUUACCAAUGAGUAGCUAUAAAGUUGUAGCUUAUUUUGUAACUAUUUUAUAUCACUCUAUUUGAUAUAAAUCUUUUUACUGAGAGGCCAUUAUAGGUCAUAUCUUCACAUACGGCCCUUUCUGAAUCAAAAUGCAGCAAAGUAAAUAUUGUCUAAACCUUAAUCCAUUGUGUUAGGUCAGAACUUCAAAUACGUGCAUUUUUCAAUAUAGAGUUUAUUUCUUAACUGAUGAGAGCAGCUCAGACAUGAGAAUGUAUAGUCUUCCUCCAAUGCAUACACAUGAUCUUUGUUAAUAUUAAAGAAUAUUAAAUAUAAAUACCAAGAAUUAAAUGUAUAAUUUGCUCCAAUAGUUUGGUACAUUAAAAUUACAUUAAUCAAGGAAUGAUUUUUGUUUCACUACAAAUAAUACAAACUGUUUUCAAUAAAAAAGAGGAUAUUGUU